AGAGCUGGUUCCUGGACAGAGCUGGUUCCUGGGCAGGCUGGAGGGCAGGAGCUGGGGCCACGCUGGUCUGAGAUAGUGGGGCAGGGAGAUGGAGUCUCGCUCUGUCACCCAGGCUGGAGUGCAGUGGCACAACCUUGGCUCAUUGCAGCCUCCGCCUCCCACGUUCAAGUGAUUCUCCUGCCUCAGCCUUCUGAGUAGCUGGGAUUACAGGCUAUCUACCUGGUCUCCAGAAUGGAUGGCCCUGUGGCGGAGCGUGCCAAGCAGGAGCCCUUCCACGUGGUCACGCCUCUGUUGGAGAGCUGGGCGCUGUCCCAGGUGGCUGGCAUGCCUAUCUUCCUCAAGUGUGAGAAUGUGCAGCCCAGCGGCUCCUUCAAGAUUCGGGGCAUCGGGCAUUUCUGCCAGGAGAUGGCCAAGAAGGGAUGCAGACACCUGGUGUGCUCUUCAGGAGGUAAUGCGGGCAUCGCUGCUGCCUAUGCUGCUAGGAAGCUGGGCAUCCCUGCCACCGUCGUGCUCCCCGAGAGCACCUCCCUGCAGGUGGUGCAGAGACUGCAGGGGGAGGGGGCUGAGGUUCAGCUGACUGGGAAGGUCUGGGACGAGGCCAAUCUGAGGGCACAAGAGUUGGCCAAGAGGGACGGCUGGGUGAAUGUCUCCCCGUUUGACCACCCCCUAAUAUGGAAAGGCCACGCCAGCCUAGUGCAGGAGCUGAAGGAGGUGCUGAGGACCCCACCAGGUGCCCUGGUGCUGGCAGUCGGGGGUGGGGGGCUCCUGGCCGGGGUGGUGGCUGGCCUGCUGGAGGUGGGCUGGCAGCAUGUACCCAUCAUUGCCAUGGAGACCCAUGGGGCACACUGCUUCAAUGCGGCCAUCACGGCCGGCAAGCUGGUCACACUUCCAGACAUCACCAGCGUGGCCAAGAGCCUGGGUGCCAAGACGGUGGCCGCUCAGGCCCUGGAGUGCACACGUGUGUGCGAGAUCCACUCUGAAGUGGUGGAGGACGCCGAGGCUGUGAGCGCUGUGCAGCAGUUUCUGGAUGAUGAGCGUAUGCUGGUGGAGCCUGCCUGUGGGGCAGCCUUAGCAGCCAUCUACUCAGGCCUCCUGGGGAGGCUCCAGGCCAAGGGCUGCCUGCCGCGAUCCCUGACUUCAGUUGUGGUCAUCGUGUGUGGAGGUAACAACAUCAACAGCCGAGAGCUGCAGGCUCUGAAAACCCACCUGGGCCAGGUGUGAGGGGUCCCAGCCUGGCCCCAAAGACCCCUGAGAGGCCCAUGGACACUCCUGUGGCUGGAUGAGGAGGGCUCAGUGCUGGUGGAUGGCAGUGGAAGCUGCCCUGUGCAACUGUGCUGGCUGCCUCCUGAAGGAAGCCCUCCCAGACUGCUCCUUUUGACUCUCCGGCAACUCUGGCCAAUAAACACUUUCUGAGUUGA